AUGGCCCUGCCUGCCUGCCAGUGGACUUCUCUGCGCCCAUUUGUCUUCGGCAGCCUGGUGGCGUUGUGUUUUCUAGGCCUUUUCUUCACAUACUACCAGCCUGACUUCAGGUUCCCCAAUAUUGGCCUUUACUUGGGGAAAGGCCAACAAGUCUGCCCAAACGUAUGUGCAGAGGGGGCAAAGACCCAGAACCCAAACAGUUCCACAGAGCUGCAGAUCAACCCAAAUCCUAGUGACGCCCAGAAGAUAGCAGAGGUGGACACUGAGCCUGACACUAUUGUAUUGAUCUGGAUGUGGCCAUUUGGCCAGAGAUUUGAUGUCAACUGCGGUGUUUACAAUAUCACAAAAUGCCACUUGACAAAUGACAAGACAGUUUACCAUAAAGCCCACGGAGUUCUCUUCCACCACAGGGACAUACAUGGAAACGGAGGGAAUAUGCCACAAGAGCCGCGUCCCUUCUUCCAGAAAUGGGUGUGGUUUAAUAUGGAGUCACCUGCAAACUCAGGUCGAAUGCCUUAUCUUGAUCGUUUAGUCAACUUGACAUGCAAUUAUCGUCUUGAUUCCAGUAUUCCAGUGCCUUAUGGAUAUUUGGAGCCACUGACAUCUGUAGAUGAGAGUUUUAAACUACCAGCAAAGGACAAGUUGGUGUGUUGGAUUGUGAGCAACUGGAACGCACGGUAUAAGAGAGUUGAGUACUACAACGAACUGAAGAAACACGUCGAGAUUAAUGCAUAUGGAAAUGCCUUUGCUAAAGGUGUAUCUGACAAAGAGUAUUCAAAGAUAGUUUCUAGUUGUAAAUUCUACCUCUCCUUUGAAAACUCUAUCUUCAAAGACUACAUCACAGAGAAGUUAUACCUUCCUAUGAUGAAAGGAAGUGUACCAGUAGUUCUGGGCCCUCCAAGGCAAAAUUAUGAGGACCACGUCCCACCUGGGUCUUUCAUUCAUGUUGAUGACUUUUCCUCUCCAAAGGAGCUGGCAGAGAGGCUACGUUACCUUGACCAACAUGAGUCUGAUUACAUGAGCUACUUUGAUUGGACAAGAAGCUAUAAAGUUAAAAGGUCUGCCUUUGGAAAAGAACAUGCUUGCAGAACUUGUAGAUACUUGCAACACCACAAAGAGUACCAAUCUUUUCAUGACCUCAACAAAUGGUACUGGAGUUAA